GUCACGACAAACAAGUCAGAAACCUGACUACUUCAGGGGCCAGCAGCCCUUGCACAUAUAGUUUGCACUCGUGCUUUCUGCGUUUCAGUCAAAUUUGACGCGAGCCGGCCUUUAGCCAUGAAACUAUUCUAACUGACAUUCGAGCAUAAUUGCUAGGGCCUGAGGCUAGGUCUGAGGGCCUGAGGCCCGCCGGCAAAGGAAGCAAACAAGCAUGGAUUCCGCCCGGACCUCUACCGCCCGCUUGAAGGCGAUGCAGCCAAAGCAGAGUGGCACGUCUGGACUGGCUGCCGCGAAAUCAAAUGUUGUCCAGCAGGCAAAGCUUAUGGACUCGGCAGGCACGGCUUGGCACGCUGUCAAGUAUGGCAACCUUGAGAUGAUUACCCGCUUGUUUCCAAGCCAGUGCAACGUGUACAGCAAAGGUCCAGUGGGCGACAACGUCUUCCACAUUGCCAUGUUGCUCAACACGCCCUCCACACUGGCUAUUGCCAAGUACCUGGUCAAGCUGUAUGGGAAGACGCUCGUGAACACGCCUUACCAGGAGCGUAAGGCGGAGAGUGACUCGCCCGGGCAGUACGAGGGCGAGACAGCCCUCCACAUUGCCAUCGUCAACCACGACUUCGACAUGGUCAAGUUCCUGGUCCAGAACGGCGCCGACGUGCGCGCGCGCGCCUACGGCAGCUUCUUCCAGCCCGGCAGCGCCGUCUACUACGGCGAGUUCCCGCUGUCCUUCGCCGCCUGCACCGGGCAGAAGGACAUCGUGUCCUACCUCAAGCGACACGGCGCGCGCGUCAACCACGACCGAGACCAGUGGGGCAACACGGCGCUGCACAUGUGCGUGUCGCACGACCAGCCCGACAUGUACGACCACCUGGUGGAGUACUGCGGCGCCUCGGAGCACGUGCAGAACAACAGGAGCCAGACGCCUCUGCUGCUGGCCGCCUCGCUGGGCAAGGUGGGCAUGCUGCAGCACAUCUACAGCAAGCGCCGCCGCGUGGCGUGGGCGUACGGCCCCGUCACCAGCUACUCGCUGUCGCUGAGGGAGAUCGACACGGUGCAGAACCCAGGCGAGUACGUGCCCUCCGCCAUCGAGACCUCUGUGCGCAAGGGCCACCUGGAGGUGCUGGAGGACCCGCUGGUUCGCACGCUGCUGGCCACCAAGUGGAGCCGAUUCGGCCGCACCACCUUCCUGGUGCAGGUGCUGGCCUACCUGACCUACGUGCUGUCCCAGACCUUCCUGGUCUGGCUCAUCAGCGACACCAAGCUGUGGAACAGCAGCGAGCGGUUCGCCAUGGAGGUGAUCGGCGUCAUCCUGGGCGGCCUGUUCUUCCUGGUGGACGUGGUGGACUUCGCGCAGUGGGCCGCAGGCGUGUUCAGGAGGCGCAAGCUGAUGAAGGCGGCCUCCAAGUACCGGCCGCAGCUGUACCCCAUCCCGGGCGAGCGGCUGGAGACCAUGACCACCCAGAAGUCCAACUUCCUCACACGCCUCAUCGCCAGCAAUCGCCAGAACACGCAGCAGCAGCAGCAAAACACGCAGCAGCCCAUCGCGGAGGGCGCGGAGCUGCAGCAGCAGCUGCAGCUGGAGGCGGCGCAGCAGCAGCAGGCGAUGGAGCGUGGGGAGGUGGCGGCGGAGGGCGCCGCCGGGGCGCAGGGGCGGUGGCGGCGGCCUGCGGCCGCGUACAGCGCGCGCGCGCUUGCUGCCGCCGGUGGUGCGGGGUUGGCCAGCGUUGUGAUUGAGGAGGUGUUGGAUGAGGAGGCGGCGGGGGCGGGGGCGGUGGCGGGCGGGCUCACUGCCUCGGCGGCAGCGGCGUUGGAGGCGGCGGCGGAGGCAGCGCCCGCCGGCGGCGCGAUGAUCAGUAUGCAGCUGGCGUCUGCGCCGUACUCGGCGGCGGCGAGUGGCGGCGCCGGCAGCACGUGCAAGCCGGCGGCGGUUGGUGCGGGUGCGGCGGCCGCGCCGUACUCAGCCGCCGCGCUGCGGCCGGCGGCAGCGGGCGGGGGUGGUGGUGGCGACAGUGACGGCGAGUGGCACAGCACGGCGCUGUGUGGCGGCGCCGGCGCGGGUGCGGGGCCUGUCGCGGAGGGAACGGAGGGCCCGCAGCCCGGCGCACCGGCGGCUGGCGGCGACGUGUCGCCUUUCGCCACGGCGGUGGGCGCGGCGUCCGCUCCGCCGCCGCCACCGCCACCGCCGCCGCCCCGGCCGCCGGCGGCUGCGUACGGCAGCAUGGCAGCCAUGCAGCAGCUCUACUCGCAACUGGCGGCCAGUGGCGGCGCUGGCGGCGGCGCCGCCGCCGGCACGGCGGCCACAUUGGCGGCGCUGCAGCAGCAGGUGGCGGCGCUACAUCAUGUGCGGGCGGCGGCGGCGGGCGGCGGCGGCGCGACCUACAUGGGCGCAGGCGCACAGCAUGCGGGCGGCGCGCUGGGUGCGCUGUCUGCGAUGGGCGGCGGCGGCGGUGGUCUGAUGGAGCCGGUGGACUUUGUGUCGGUGGGGCUGGGGCCGGGGCCGCUGGGCAACAUGCCGGGCGGCCUCAUGGGCGGAGGCAAGAACGCCUUCGCGGCGGCGCAGCAGGCGCCCAAGGUCACGACCAUGCUGCGGGCGCCCGACGCGCACGCGCACGACGGCACCAACCGGGACGGCCAGCCACACGGCCGCACCUCCAACCCCAACCUCUCCGGUAUCAACCGCGCGCCCUCGCUGGGUGGCUCGGUGGGCGAGGGCGGCGAGAUCCGCAACCGCAUGCGCGGCGGCGGCGGCGACAACGUAAGCGGCGGCCUGCCGCGCGCCGCCACACGCCGCCAGACCACCAACAUUGCCUCGGCGGAGCCGGGGACGUACGACGGCGCGGGUGGCGGCGGCGGCGACACGGCGGCGGCGGCGGCGGAUGAGGAGCCGCAGCCGGACCGCACGCCCACCUGGCUGCGGCACGUGCAGACGCUGCUGCACGCCUACCGCGGCUACGUGAAGCGCAUGAUCCAGGACCCCAUCCAGUUCGUGCACGUGUUCCACCACUCCGCCACGCUGGUGCACUUUGUCAUCUGGGCCAGCACCUACGGCGGCGUGGGCGGCGGCGGCCCCGGCGGCGACAGCGUGCGGCUGCUGGAGUUUGACGACGUGGUGGUCAGCCUCAUGGCGCUCAGCGGCUGGGUGUCUAUGCUGUACUACUCGCGCGGCGUGCAGGCCGUGGGUCAGCUGGUGGUGCUGCUGGAGCGGUGCUGGUGGGAGGUGGUCAAGUUCGUGUGCCUCUACUUCAUCGCGAACAUCGGCUUCACGCUCGCCUUCUACACCUGCGCCAACGGCGCCACCUCCGCCAUCAUCGGUGACGCCGACCGCAUGACAGCCCUGGGCCUGUCCAUGUGGGACCCCAUGGGAAACAUCGGGUACGGCAUGAUCUCGAUGGUACGGUUUUUGUACGGCGAGGCGUCGUACGAGGGCAUUGCCGUAGUGCCCAACCACCGGGUUAAAACCGCCUUCGCGACCAUGUACUGGCUGCUGUACGUGGCGGUUGUACUGCUGCUGCUGGGCAACGUGAUGACGGCCAUGAUCAUGUACGUCUACUCCAACGGCUGGGCGGACGCGGAGAAGAAGUGGCGGCUGCGGUGGGCGCAGUACGUGUUGCGCGCCGAGGCUCGCAUGCCGGCGGCGCUGCAGCAGCGCACCCGGCUGGGCGAGGUGAGCUACGACCCGGUGCUGGGCACGCGCGUGUACAACCACGUGUUCGAGGUGGUGGAGGACGGCCGCGAGAAGGAGGAGGAGCGCGAUGCGCAGGUCAAGGCGCUGGAGGCGGCCAUCGACAAGAUCCGGUCGGGGGCUAAGCGGGAUGCGGCCAAGAGGGGUUAGAGGGGACUUGGUGCAGGAGGAGGAGAAGCAAAGGGAGGGGGAGGAGGAGGUGGUGGUGGGUAUGUGUGCGUUGGAUGGGAACGUCAGGCUGGGGGGUUGGCGCGACUCUACCGGUCUAGACCGGUAGUAAGGAGGUCACGCGCACGAAGAGCAGGGGUGGGUGACGUGGGUAUCUCGAUAUCAUUUGGACGGCUCGACGUGUGUCUCGCCGCAAAGGCGCGUGCAUUCGGCAAGUGACGCUGGGACUGGCCAGGAUCCGGCAAGCAAGAGGGACAGGCGGGGGCGCAGGAUAUUUGACGAGCAGGGAGGACCAAAGUUUGAGUGACAAUGAGACGAGCAGUCCGGAACAGACCGGCACAUCAUAGCCUUGAGGCGUGAGUGCCAACUACAGCACGAAUGGCUGACUUUUACCUCCGACAGCGUUAUGAAGAUGUGACCCGGGCAAUUGUGACCCGGGCGGACGCACCUGACCUAUGGGACCACUGACCAGUGAAAUGCGCGGCUGCGGUGCAGAGCCAGCCGCUGUGCUGCAUCAGUAAGCACUUGAAAUGGGCUGG